AUGGACAUCUUUCGCACCUUAGCGGGCGGAGGUGCUCGCUUCGACAAGAAGCGCUUCCAGAACGACCUCAAGAUCUUCGGUGGCGCAGCUGCUGACGAGCCGGCGGGGUCUACGAGCAGUACAACAUCUUCCAGCAAGGCUUCUGCGGGUAAACGAAAACGAAAAGGGACAGAGUCGAUCGCAUCUGCCAACAACGAAGCGUCGACGUCGAAUGGGGCAAAAGUGAUUGUCCCGGACGGGCUUGAUUUCUUCGGUUCAGCGGCCAAGACGAAAUCGACCACUUCGGCGGUGGAGCGUCAAGAGAGGCUCAGCAAGAAGGAUGGCAAGCGGAAAGCAAAUACUGGAUCUUCUGACUCGGAGGAUGAUGUAGAUGAGCAUGACGAAGGCUCGGACUCAGAAGAAGAGCGAACGGACGAGGCGCCGGUGACGAAAGCUACGCUCAGCACCUUCCUCAAAGCCAACAAGAUCAAGUUGAAGGGCACCGACGUUCCCCUUCCCAUGGCGUCGUGGUCGGAACUCGAGACGCGAUUCAACGUGCAACCAUGGCUGCGCACCAAUCUGGAAAAGUGGGGAUGGGGUGUGCCCACCGCGAUUCAGAAGGGUGCCAUGCCUGUGCUGCUCGCCAACCGCGAUCUCCUCGCCGGCGCACCCACGGGAUCCGGUAAGACGCUUGCCUUCCUUCUUCCUCUCAUCCACCACCUUCGCGCGCCGUCCAAAAAGGAACACUUCCGCGCCGUUAUCGUUUCACCCACGCGCGAACUCGCUCAACAGAUCUACGACCAGCUGCGUCGACUUAGCGAAGGGCGUAACUUCCGCAUCUGCGUGCUCACCAAGACCUCGGAUGCCUCUGCGAUCGCCAAUGCGUCUUCCGCCGAUCCGAGCAAACGCAAGAAGUUCGACGUGCUCAUCACGACGCCGCUGCGACUUGUGCAUGCGGUGGAGAAGGAGGAGGUGGAUCUGAGCAAUGUGCGCCAUUUGGUGUUGGACGAAGCAGAUCGGUUGUUGGAAGAUGGGUUCCUGCAGCAGACGGACUCGAUCCUGGCGGCGUGUUCGCACCCGCACUUGCGCAAGGCGCUGUUCUCUGCCACGCUGCCCGCGGGAGUAGAGGAGAUGGCGAGAACGUUCAUGGUCGACGAAUACCGCGUCAUCGUGGGCACCAAAGACUCGGCGACCGAAACGAUCCAGCAGGAGCUGCAAUUCGUCGGAUCCGAAGACGGCAAGCUGCACGCGCUGCGCUCGCUGAUCCAGGAAGGCGGGCUCAAGCCACCCGUGCUGCUGUUCGUCCAGUCGAUCGAUCGCGCCAAAGAUCUAUUCCACGAGCUGGUCUACGACGGGUUGCACGUCGACGUGAUCCACUCCGACCGACCCAAGCUGCAGCGCGAAGGCGUCAUCAGCGCUUUCAAGCGCGGAGACGUGUGGGUGCUUAUCUGCACCGAACUCAUGGCACGCGGUAUCGACUUCAAGGGCGUGCAGCUCGUGAUCAACUACGACUUUCCGCAGUCGGUGCAGUCCUACAUCCACCGCAUCGGUCGCACGGGCCGAGCGGGCAAGCAGGGCCGAGCCAUCACCUACUUCACCAAGGAGGACGCCGUGCAUCUCAAGACCGUGGUCAACGUCAUGCGACAGAGCGGCUGCGACGUGCCGGAGUGGAUGGUGAAACUGAAGAACCCAGGCAAGAACGAGAGGAAGAAGCUCAAGCAGAGGGCACCCGAGAGGAAGGAGAUCCGCACGAGCGCGGCUAGCAGUAUGGGCAGGAGGCAGGCCAACAAGCGCAAGGAGAUGAUUGCUGCGAGCAAGAGGAGGAAGGCGAGCGAUGGCAAGGAGCAGCACAAAGGUCGAGGCGAGGCCAAGGUUCAGAGCGAGCAGUAG